AUGAUUCCUCCGAAGGAUAUCUUGAAUGUGGACUACACACAGUCUACUUUAUUAUCCCCUGUAGAGGCGCAGGUACUUUCUCAGUACCAGCUACUUGCAGUGCAGUUGAAUACGCUUGCAGGAGAGUUGAAAGAUUUGAAUUCUGUAACAACACAAGUAAAUAGCAGCAAUAAUAAUAACGAAAGUGAAACAGAUGGUAAUAAUGAGAACCAGGAAGGUAACGCAACUACGUUGUUGGACAAUUUACGAAACUUGGAAAUGAAAAUUGGUCUUGUUUAUACACUAUUCAAAGGUGCGGUAUAUGCAUUAUUCCUUCAAAAUGAAGAGGACUUAAAUUUACAGAAUGAGCAGAGAGAAGAGGCUGGGUCCGAGUCUGAAGGAGAAGGAGAGACUGAUCCAGAGUCAGAUCAAGCAAAGCGUGAACGUACAGAUGAAGGAGAGGAAGAUGAGAGGGAUCUUAAGAGGAAAAAUGUAGAAGUGCAGCGUAAGAAGAAGUAUAUAGCCUUUGGCGGAGAAUCGUCUUCUUCGUCAACGUAA